CACCGGCAUUAACGAAGUACUUCCGGCAGGUGGCGCUGUCGACGCCCCUAGGUCCUCCAGCGGCCCGCCAUGCGCCGCGCUUCCUUUCUCGCCAUUGUGCCUCGGAGGGGAGCGCGCGCUGCCCCUCGUGACGCCCGCACGGUGCCAGCUCGAGGCAGGCGGCCGCGGCCAUAGACGCUGGCGGAAGGGGCGAGGAGCCGGCUAGAGCGUCGCUCGAGCAGGCAGCCGCAGCAGCCGCGGGCGGGCGAGUCAGAGUCCGCCAGGAAGCCGAGCCGCGCGGUGCCUGCGCCCCGCUCCCCGGACAAAGCCGCCGCCGCCCGCGAGGAGCCCGGACCGCCGCCGCCGCCGCGAGGAGCCCGACCGGAGCCAUGUCGGCCAGCAGCCUCCUGGAGCAGAGACCCAAGGGCCAAGGCAACAAAGUGCAAAAUGGAUCUGUGCAUCAGAAGGAUGGGUUAAAUGAUGAUGACUUUGAACCCUACUUGAGUCCUCAGGCCAGACCGAAUAAUGCAUACACUGCGAUGUCUGACUCCUACUUGCCCAGCUACUACAGUCCAUCCAUUGGAUUCUCCUACUCGUUAGGCGAAGCUGCCUGGUCUACAGGAGGUGACCCACCCAUGCCCUACUUAACAUCCUAUGGACAGCUAAGCAAUGGGGAGCCUCACUUUCUCCCAGAUGCAAUGUUUGGGCAGCCAGGGGCGCUUGGCAGCACUCCAUUUCUUGGGCAGCAUGGCUUUAACUUCUUUCCAAGUGGAAUUGACUUUUCAGCUUGGGGGAAUAACAGUUCUCAGGGACAGUCCACUCAAAGCUCUGGAUAUAGUAGCAAUUAUGCUUAUGCACCAAGCUCACUGGGUGGAGCCAUGAUUGAUGGACAGUCUGCUUUUGCCAAUGAGACUCUAAAUAAGGCUCCUGGCAUGAAUACCAUAGACCAAGGGAUGGCAGCACUGAAGUUGGGCAGCACGGAUGUUGCAAGCAAUGUCCCAAAAGUUGUUGGUUCCGCUGUUGGUAGCGGGUCCAUUACCAGUAAUAUCGUGGCAUCUAACAGUUUGCCUCCUGCUACCAUUGCUCCUCCGAAACCGACAUCAUGGGCUGAUAUUGCUAGCAAACCUGCAAAACAACAGCCCAAGCUGAAGACCAAGAAUGGCAUUGCAGGUUCAAGUCUUCCACCGCCUCCAAUAAAACAUAACAUGGAUAUUGGAACUUGGGAUAACAAAGGGCCGGUAGCAAAAGCGCCUUCCCAGGCUUUAGUUCAGAAUAUUGGUCAGCAGCCAACCCAGGUGUCCCCUCAACCAGUGGGCCAACAGAUCAAUAACAGCCCACCAGUGACACAGGCUUCUCCAGGACAACAGCCGCAGCCGCUGCCACCACCACCACCACAGCCAGCCCAGCUACCAGUGCAGCAACAGGCAGCUCAGCCAACCCGCUGGGUUGCACCUCGUAACCGUGGCAAUGGGUUUGGUCAAAACGGAGUGGAUGGUAAUGGAGUGGGACAGUCUCAAGCCAGCUCUGGUUCCGCUCCUUCGGAACCGCACCCAGUGUUGGAGAAAUUGAGGUCCAUCAACAACUACAACCCCAAGGAUUUUGACUGGAACCCAAAACACGGUCGGGUUUUCAUCAUUAAGAGUUACUCUGAGGACGAUAUCCACCGUUCCAUUAAAUAUAACAUCUGGUGCAGUACAGAGCACGGCAACAAGAGACUGGAUGCUGCUUAUCGCUCCAUGAACGGGAAAGGCCCCGUUUACUUACUGUUCAGUGUCAACGGCAGUGGUCACUUCUGCGGAGUAGCAGAAAUGAAAUCUGCUGUGGACUACAACACAUGUGCAGGUGUGUGGUCCCAGGACAAAUGGAAGGGACGUUUUGAUGUCAGGUGGAUUUUUGUGAAGGACGUUCCGAACAGCCAGCUGCGGCACAUCCGCCUAGAGAACAACGAGAAUAAACCAGUGACCAACUCCAGGGACACUCAGGAAGUGCCUCUGGAAAAGGCUAAGCAGGUGUUGAAAAUCAUUGCCACCUACAAGCACACCACCUCCAUCUUUGAUGACUUCUCACACUAUGAGAAACGCCAGGAGGAGGAGGAAAAUGUUAAAAAGGAACGCCAAGGCCGUGUCAAGUAAAAGGCUACCCUUCCCACAGAGACUGCAGCAGAGGUUGCAUCCGGGAUAUCUUUCAGAGAGAGGAGAAAAAAACACCCCAGAGAGAAUUAGGACUUUUUUUCUUAAUUUCAUUGACUUUAAAACAAAAAAAAACUUACAAACUUGCAGUUUAAAAAAAAAAGUAUUGGAAUGUCACAAGAGACAUAGGACUAAAAAAACAAAAACAAAAAAAAAUCCCUUCUAGGUAGAGUAUAGGUAAAAACUGUCCCCUUUCUUUUGGCUUUGGUUGUGAUUUCAGAGCAUAUGCUUUGUUUUUUGUCUUUUUACUAUGUUUUCCGGAUUUGAAAAUCCGUAAGUGGCAUAUGCCUUUUUUCUCUAAUUUUUAAACCCCGCUGCAUCCCUUUCUUCCACUUCCCUCGUGCCUCCUUUCCCCCUGGUUUUGACAUUUGCACUUGGAACACCGAGUUGUGACUUGUUUUUUUUUGGACAUCCGCUGCAGAAAGUGGAAGAACUAUUUUUUCCUUGGACUGGAAGAGGAGGAAUUUUAUGACUUAUUUGGGUUUAUUUGCCUGGAAGAAUCGAAUGGAAAUUAUUGCCAAGGUUGUGUCUAAGGGUGGUUUGUUUUCCUCUGACCCUUUGUUACUCAAAAGUCAAGUACUAGGAGUCCUAAGAAAUGUUCUGUUCUUGUGCAUUAUAUGGAUUACAGAUUAAGUCUGGAUUAAUUUGAUUUAAAGGCUGAGAACGGUGGUAAAAACUUGUUUUGUUUACAGGAACAUGAAUUUUGAACGAAAAAUAUUGUAAAAUGUGUAGUGAAUAUGUUUCUUCAGUUUCUUGUUAAGCCAAUGAGGAAUGGGCGUUGCCUUUCUUUUCACCAUUAAUCACUUCUCAAUAAUAAACGUGAGAUCCUGUUGAGCAUCA